AUGCCCUCCCCCGGCCACAUCUCAGGCAUCGCCUUCUUCGAGGAAAAAGCCUACAUCGUUGACAGGAACAACCACAGAAUCCUGAAGUUCAGUCCGGCCAACUCCGAGGCCGAGAUCUUCUUCGGCGGCAAAGGCCCCGGCUCCGACCUGGACCAGCUGAGCCUACCGAGUGGCAUCGCUUUCUUCGAGGAAAAAGCCUACAUCGUUGACGAGGACAACGACCGGAUCCUGAAGGUGAGUCCCGGCAACUCCGAGGCCGAGGUCUUCUUCGGCGGCAAAGGCAAGGGCAACGACCUGAACCAGCUGAACAGUCCGAGUGGCAUCGCCUUCUUCGAGGAAACUCCCUACAUCGUGGACUCGGGCAACGACCGGAUCCUGAAGGUGAGUCCCGGCAACUCCGAGGGCGAGAUCUUCUUCGGCGGCCAAGGCUGGUGGGGCUUCGACCUGGACCAGCUGCACGGGCCGA